AGCGAUUAAAAAAUCUACGAUGGAGUGGUCAGCGCUGAUUGUGGCGGUGAUUGUUGGAGCGAUCGGUAUACAUUAUCUGGUGCACUGGAGAAAAUCAAACAGACUCAAAGGAAUGGGAGUUUUGCAUCCGCCGGCUUGGCCUUUAAUCGGCAACUCGGGAUCUCUGCUGUUUUCCCGUAAACAUUUAACCGAAAUGAUUGAGAGCGUAUACAGAUUCAACGAGGAUGCGGAUUACGUUGGAUUCUAUGACUUUAGCGAGCCAGUUAUUUUACUGAGGUCACCGGAACUACUAAAAAGUGUAGCCGUAAAAAACUUCGAUCAUUUUACGGACCACCGUAAUUUCGUCGAUCCGGAAUCAAACCGGCUCUUGAGCAAAAACCUUUUCACUCUCCGCGGCGAAAAGUGGAAGGAAGUGAGAAACUUGUUGAGCCCCGCGUUCACGAGUAGCAAAAUGAAGAAUAUGUUUGAACUCAUUUCGGCGUGUGGGAAAAACUUCAUGGAGCAUCUGCUCAACGUAUCAUUGGCGAAAUCGAGUGUCGUAAAUUCCAAGGAGAUUUUCACGAGGUUCGGAAACGACGUCAUAGCUUCUUGCGCUUUUGGCAUCAGCAUCGACUCGAUGAAGAAUCCGAACAACGAUUUUUACGUGUUGGGUAAAGAAGUGACGAAUUUGGGGGGACUGCGAGGAUUAAAACUGCUGCUAACUCGGCUCUCUCCGAGACUUGGAAAGCUCUUUAGAAUAACGAUCAUUCCUCGGAAGACAGAAUUAUUUUUUGAGAACGUUGUAAGAGAGGCGAUCGAGAUAAGAAAGAAGGACGGAAUCGUGAGACCGGAUAUGAUCCAGUUGAUGAUGAAGUCGGGAGAAAAAGUCUCGGAGGGAAGCCGGAGUAUGACGACCAGUGACAUGACAGCGCAAGCACUCACAUUCUUCUUCGGUGGCUUCGAUUCGACGACCACAGCCAUGUGCUUAAUCGCCCAUGAAAUAGCCGUUGAUUCAGAAGUUCAGGCGAAACUGCGCAACGAGAUUGACAGCGUUCUCGCCGAGACGCAUGGAAAUGUGACUUACGAAGUGAUCAAACAGAUGCAAUACCUCGACGCCGUCGUCAGCGAGACCCUCAGACUCUACCCGAUCAAUCUUUUUCUCGAAAGAGUCUGCACCAAAAGCUUCGAACUUCCUCCAGCUCUCCCCGGGGGCAAACCGAUCACGAUCGAACCUGGACAAAAUGUUUGGUUUCCGACAUUCUCCGUACACCGAGAUCCCAAAUAUUAUAUAAACCCGGAUAAAUUCGACCCUGAAAGAUUCACCGGCUGUGCCAAGUCGCACGUAAACCCUUUCACGUAUAUCCCCUUCGGAAUAGGACCGAGAAUGUGCAUCGCGAAUCGAUUAGCACUCCUCGAGAUUAAAGUAUUUUUUUUUAACCUACUGGCUAAAUGUUGCCUGAAACCUCGUCCGGGAGCACGCUCGCCGAUACAGCUCAGUAAGGUCGGUUUCAAUUUUGCCCCCGAGGAAGGAUUUUGGCUGGAAAUUCAACCCAGAAAUUCUGCUCCAUGACGACAUCGACGCGCUCCGCAAAAAAGUAUUUUCGUUCUAUUAUUCAAAAGCGAAGAUAAGCGCAACAAGAUCGAGAUAAUUCGUUGUGUGUUUUUUGACGAGCACAUGUGUUUAUUCAUAUUUUAUAAUUAUUUCGAUUACGUGCGAGGCGAUUUUUUUUUCGAUCAUCCUCGGAGGCGGCGUCGCCGGAGGCUUAAUCGACGGAUCUCGAGUUUUUCAAUGAUAUUUCAUUCAGAUAUGAUUUCGCUUCUCGUUAUUGUUUUCGAGGAAAGUCAUGUUUCCCGAAUAAAAUUAUUUCUGCUCUAAUUAUUCUCACCUAAAAGUUGAAUUAUUGUUAUAAACUGAAUAAAUCGUGUCCCUAUUUAA